AUGCACAUCCUGGGCUGCACAAUGCUCCUGCUGCCUCUUCUCCUGAACACGGCGUUGGGCUCCAAGCUGUGUCCCAGCCACUGCCUGUGCUACGAGUCCUCUCACCUGGUGGACUGCCGGUAUCUCGGUCUGGUCCGGGUCCCUCCCGGUGUCCCCCACGGCAUGUGGCUGCUGGACCUGAGUGGGAACGAGCUGACUGAGGUACACACCAGAUCCUUCCUGGGUCUUUGGUCUCUGAAGAUCCUCCUGAUGUCCAACAACAGCAUCCAGACUCUGCAGCCACAGUUUCUGGAGAGGUUGGACCUGAGUUUCAACCGGCUCCGUGGGCUCCCUCAGGACUUCUCUCAGGGUCUCUUCUCCCUCCAGGAUCUCCAGCUGGACCACAACCUGCUGAAGCACCUGGACUCCACCUCACUGGACGGUUUUGAAAAACUGAGGAAACUGGACCUCAGUUACAACCACAUCCGGGCGAUAGACGUCGGAUCUUUUGGCAGCCUGUCUCGACUGAGCCUCCUCAACCUGUCAGGAAACCGGCUGAACGUUCUCAAAGACGGCCUGUUGAGCAUGCAGCUCCAUCUGGAGGUGCUGCUGCUCGACCACAACAACAUCUCCCUCAUCGAGACAGAAGCUCUUUCUCCUUUGCGCAGUCUGACGCUGUUUGGUCUCCAGGGAAACCACCUGCAGCACAUCAGGUUCAAGACCUUCCUGAAGCUCCAGACCACCUCCACCCACCUUCAGAUGUCCAUCAACCCCUGGACCUGUGACUGCGAGCUGCAGCGCGUCUUCAGCAAGAUCCUUCACGUUCGACAUCUGAAUGUGGACGACUACAAUGACAUCAUCUGCCGUGCUCCUCCUCUGCUAGCCGGGAGCUCCCUGGCAUCCCUGGACAGCCAGCUGUGCGUCGCUGAGACGGCCACAGUGCUCGUCAUCACCAUCACCGUGUUGCUGGCUGUGAUCGGAACCCUGAUCAAAGCGGAGCACGACCGCAAGAACAAACAGGCCGCAAGUGACACAGACUCAGAGAGACAGGACCGAUGA